CUGAGCUGCUCGGCUUGUCUUCUCCACCGCUCUCCCACUAGUGAGUCUAUGAGCUCCACUUCAGCACUUUACAUGACUGGAAAAAAUAAGGUAGACACGAAUUUAGCCGCUUUUGACGUAGUAGACAGAUUUUUGCUGACGGUUUGACGUAGUUUCUUUUUUCGAGGAAGGAGACGGACCUGAUAUGCUGCAUUUUUCUCUAGGAAACGUUAGAAAUAUUUGAUGUGAGCGCUUAGCUAACAAGCUAACUGGAACUGUUUUCAGAAACAAGCUAGUUAGUUAGCUUGCUAACAAGCUAGCGAGCCCUUUUUUUUUGUGGUGAUGUAACUGGCUAUAGAGGCAGUAAAGGACCAAACCGGACCAGAAUCUCAUGUGGGACAUGAAUGGUUCAGAGCUCCGCCAAGAGCUUGGAUUGCAGCCUUAGCGGAGCCUUUAGACUGGAUUUGAGAGACAAUAGUCAGCUGGCUAGGCAACAAGUCUAGCCCUCUCUGCUCCUCCAACUCAAGUGUGUACUCUUAUGGCUUGUUGUUUGUUUAUAUCCGGAUUUGGUAGGAACAAUUGAGGCAAAAACUACCCCUCUGGAUCUAAAAAGGUGGUGUUACGCCAAGAAAGUGUAGUGCGACUUGUGAUGCCGAGAUCUGAGUCCGCCCGGUAGUUUGGGAAAGCUGUUGUUAGUUUCUCAGCAUCAUUUCAACUGACGAGGAGGCGAGGUGGAUGGACAUUAAAAAUCGCCCACAUGCGUUGGAUCAGCUCCCGGACUUGUGAAAGGCAUCUGAAGCAGAAGGAGGGAGACUUGCAGCCCGGGGGAAGAUGGCGGAGCGCUCCCACAGGAGGUGGUGAGACCCAAACUUCACAACUUGUCGGAUUCAUAGACGCGCACCUUACUUCUGACCGCUGGACACAUGCAGGCCAAAAAACGAUACUUAAUUCUGUUCUCCACCGGCGCCUGUCUCGUUCUGCUGUUUUGUUUCGGGGGGAUCCAGGUCCCGCUGUCCAGACGGGGUCCCAGCCGGCGCGAUGACCGCAGCCUGGCCGGCUUUCACCCCGGGGCGCGGUGGCGUCGCUUUCAGGGAUACUUGCAAUCUUUCAGCACCUUGGAAAAGGAUCGGAACGAGGAUCUCAAUGAACAUAUGUCUCCUAGACAAAAGAGGGACGCCAACUCAUUCCUGUACACUGGAAAACGAUGCAGAAUGGAGUCCUGUUUUGACUUCUCUCUGUGUGAGAGGAAUGGCUUUAAGGUUUAUGUUUAUCCGCAGCAGAAAGGAGAAAAGAUCUCUGAGAGCUAUCAGAACAUUUUGACCUCCAUAGAGGGCUCCAGGUUUUACACACCAGACCCAGGACAGGCCUGUCUCUUUGUCCUGAGUUUGGACACACUUGAUCGGGACCAGCUUUCACCUCAAUAUGUGCACAACCUAAAGGCUAAAAUCCAAAGCCUUCCUCUGUGGAAUGAAGGCAGAAACCACAUUAUCUUCAAUUUAUAUUCCGGGACAUGGCCAGAUUACACAGAAGAUCUCGGCUUUGACAUCGGCUUUGCCAUGUUGGCCAAGGCCAGCAUAAGUACAGAAAACUUUAGGCCUAAAUUUGAUGUUUCUAUCCCUCUAUUUUCAAAAGACCAUCCCAGGACAGGGGGAGAAAGGGGCUAUUUGAGACAUAAUACAAUCCCCCCUUAUAGGAAGUAUGUGCUUGUUUUUAAGGGGAAGAGAUACCUGACUGGAAUAGGGUCAGACACAAGAAAUGCUUUAUACCAUGUACAUAACUCACAGGAUGUGGUCCUCCUCACCACCUGUAAACACGGCAAGGACUGGCAGAGGCACAAGGAUGCCCGCUGUGAUAAGGACAAUGCUGAGUAUGACAAGUAUGACUACAGAGAGAUGCUGUACAAUUCCACCUUCUGUCUGGUUCCUCGGGGUCGAAGGCUGGGCUCCUUUCGUUUCUUAGAGGCUUUGCAGGCAGCCUGUGUGCCAGUGAUGCUCAGCAACGGCUGGGAGCUUCCCUUCUCCGAAAUCAUCGACUGGAACACAGCAGCUGUCAUUGGGGAUGAGAGGCUGCUGUUACAGAUCCCUUCAACAGUUCGGUCCAUCCACCAGGAUAAAAUUCUGUCUUUGAGGCAGCAGACGCAGCUACUGUGGGAGGCUUACUUCAACUCUGUAGAGAAGAUAGUACUGACCACACUGGAGAUAAUCCAGGACCGGGUGCUGGAGCACACCUCCAGAAGUAGCCUCAUGUGGAAUAGCCUUCCUGGGGGCCUCUUCACUCUGCCUCAGUACUCCACACAUCUGGGAGACUUCCCCUUCUUCUACGCUAAGCUGGGUAUCAAGCCGUACCCGAAGUUUACAGCAAUCAUCCAUGUGGUCACCCCGCUGGUCUCUCUGUCCCAGCCAGUGAUGAAGCUGCUUGUGGCUGUGGCUAAAUCCCAGUACUGUGCUCAGGUGAUCGUUCUUUGGAACUGUGACAAGCCUCUUCCUGCCAAGCACCGCUGGCCCACAAUCUCAGUCCCUUUUAUUGUCAUAGAGGGAGAAAGCAUGGUUAUAAGCAGCCGCUUCCUUCCCUACGAUACCAUCCCCACUGAUGCUGUGCUCAGUCUGGAUGAAGACACGGUGCUUUCCACCACAGAGGUGGACUUCGCCUUCACGGUGUGGCAGAGCUUCCCUGACCGCAUCGUCGGCUACCCGGCCCGCAGCCACUUCUGGGACGGCAGCAAGGAGCGCUGGGGCUACACCUCCAAAUGGACCAAUGACUACUCCAUGGUGCUGACCGGAGCCGCCAUCUAUCACAAAUAUUACCACUACUUGUACACCACCUACCUUCCAGCCAGUCUGCGGACAAUGGUGGACCAGAUGUCCAACUGCGAAGACAUUCUUAUGAAUUUCCUUGUUUCAGCAGUGACUAAGCUACCACCCAUUAAGGUCACACAAAAGAAACAAUACAAGGAAACCAUGAUGGGCCAGAGCUCCAGAGCGUCCCGCUGGGCCGACCCGGACCAUUUCGCUCAGCGUCAGACCUGCAUGAACAAGUUUGCCAACUGGUUUGGCACCAUGCCUCUGGUCCACUCGCAGAUGAGGUUGGACCCGGUCCUGUUCAAAGACCAGGUGUCGAUACUGAGGAAGAAGUACAGGGAAAUCGAGAGGCUAUAGCCGUGCUGAGCCCCCUGUGCUCUGUGGACACGACGGCUGUGGAGCGAGUCGGGGGCUGACCGUACGGCACAGCAGAUGAUGUCAUGUAUGGAUCCGUGGGUGAGAGGUGAAGACACUGGAGCAAACAUGAAGGACCUAUUUUUCUGUCUCCUCGGGUUCUCCUCUCCACUCCUGCUGUCUUGUGGACCGAUGCUGGACAGCAGUGCUCUCUGUGGAUCCAUCCUGACUGCACCUGAACAGUUAAAUCUGCUCACGCCAUCAGAAAUGAUUGCUUUGCUGCAAAAAUGUCCCAACGUCAACAAAACCCACUGGACGGGACACUUCUCUGUCUGUACACUAUGCACAGAUCUGUGAACAUUUUUGCUGACAGGAUAUUAAUAACUACGAAGAUAACACUAUUUUGGAUUGUGUUUAACUAUUUUUUUAUACUGUGUACAAAUGGCCAGCAUGACUCUGUGUCUCUCUAUUGUCUUAAAGAAGGAGGGAUAAAGAAAAUCCCCUCGGAGCCCCAGAGCUGGGUGGUGAUUGUUGAUCUGACAGUGCCUCAGCAUUUAUCAAAAGGUGUUUGGUUCUGAGAUUCUGACAAAUAGAAGACUGGGGGCAGAUUCUGCCCCUCGAUAGCGCUGCUUUUUUUGUCUUUUAUCAUUAUCUGUUUUUUUUCCCAUGUAACUGAUAAUAUGCUGCAUUUCCCAGUUCAGCACAGAGAGAUAAGAAUGUUUCAAUGCAGUCGAACAAACACAAUUGUCUGUGUGCCAUUCU